AUGGGCUGCGCAAUAUCAGGACUGGCACCAAAAACACUUGGAGAGACAAAAACGGAAGAAGAUGUUGCGCAUCUCAACGAGAAGCAAAUCCAGAUGAUCAAAGAGUCCUGGAAAGUUAUCCAGGAGGACAUUGCGAAAGUUGGAAUUAUUAUGUUCGUCAGGUUAUUUGAGACCCAUCCAGAAUGCAAGGAUGUAUUCUUCCUGUUCCGAGACGUGGAGGACCUUGAGACGUUACGUACCAGCCGGGAGCUGAGGUCGCAUGGCCUACGAGUAAUGUCCUUCGUUGAGAAAAGUGUGGCCAGACUGGACCAGCUGGAGAGACUAGAGGUUCUGGCUGUGGAACUAGGGAUGAGCCAUUACCAUUACAACGCCCCACCCAAAUACUACAGCUAUGUAGGAGCAGAAUUCAUCUGUGCUGUCCAACCCAUUCUCAAAGAGAGAUGGACCCCUGAGCUUGAGGAGGCAUGGAAGACCCUGUUCCUGUACCUGAGCAGGCUUAUGAAGCAGGGCUACCAGGAGGAGACAAGCAGACAUCACCAUGAGGCAGAAUCCCGCAAGGAAAGGCCAGAGAAGAGGAACACACCCAGAUGAGAGGCCUGGCUAUGGCUGGCCUCCAC